AUGUUGGACUUGCUGUCGCCUCUACGUGGUUAUAUUGCACAGAAUCUCCAGUUCUAUCUAAGCAAAUAUAUUCAAGACAUUCAAUUAGAAGGAUUGGGUCUUUUUGGUGGAGAUCUUGUACUAAAUGAUCUAGCAAUUAAACGUCACGUGCUCCGUGAAAGUCUCGAAAUUCCUUCAAGUUUUGAUUUUUCACGUGGUUUUAUUCGAGAACUUCGUAUUCAUAUUCCAUGGACUCAGUUAUUAUCUCAAGCUAUUGAAGUAAAACUUUAUACAAUUGAACUUAUUUUAACAGCUAAAAAGGACUGUCAAGAACGAGUUCAAAGAGAUCCAUUUGUGGAUACAAUUACACUGAAAGAAGAGCAAGAAGAGAUGGAACAGCCCAAAUCAGGCUGGAUUCAUGACACUUUGCAGAAAAUUCUGGCAAAUGUCACUGUUCAAGUGAACAAUCUCGUGCUCAAGUACGAGCAUGACGAUGUGGUCUUUUCAAUUGCUCUCGGGACUCUAACUUUCUAUUCUGCUAAUGAAAAGCACGAGUGGAAACGCAGUUUUGAAGAACUCAAAGGAAAACAACGCACGAUCUGUAAACGAAUCGAUGCAAAUGAUGUGACGAUAUUUCUUGAUCGAUAUACAAGUGAAGGAAACACCAAAUUGGGAAUGCAAAACGACCCGGUACGGCGAAAUGUCGUUGGAUACGAGGUGCCUGUGCUUAGUCGAACAUCGGCUUCAGUCCGAGCCAAGUUGCAGCUCUUCUCUGAUGCUACGAGGAAAGUUCAGGAUAAUUGUAAAAGCAGUCUAAGCUCUUUGAGGUCUCCUGUGCACCAACGACCUUCUAUGGCAAAUGAUAUUGAAGGCAGUAUUAUAGAUGUUGAUGGAUUGUUCACGUACAGACCAUCUGUGUUGUGUGACCCUUUUUACUACUACUCGUGCAGCCGCUCACGUGUGACACCCAUGUACGAGGUGGAUGUUUUUAUUGGUGAACUGUUCUUCUCCGUCAGCGAUAGACAGUUAGAGAUGCUGAAUCAGCUGAUGAAGUAUGCAUCACUCAAGAUAGACCAAGCCCAUGAGCAGCCACACCAAGGAGGAGACCACGAUCACGCAACAAGCGUUAACAAUAACGCCAAGCGCUCCCGUGUUCCUAAUAUACCUGCUAUGUUACCCACCAGAAGUCAAUCGGGAGACCAAAAGAUGAAUAGCUCGUCUGAUAAACACGACUCCUGGUUCGGGUGGGCGAUGAAUGCUCUGGGUACAGCUGAAGGUGAGGAAGAGGACGAGUUAGUUUCAGAGCUGCUUGCUGAAACGCGAGGGGCACUGUCAAAGGUUCAAUUGCGAGACAGUAACCUUGAUGAAGAUCCGGUGGUCGCCAGUGGCCCGGUUACGAAGACCUCAUGUUUGCGACUUUGCAUCAGCUCCGUUUCCUUGACAUUGCGCAAACAUGAAAAUGUGAGUCAAAGACUGGAGCAUCAAAAUUUUACGAUCUCUGAGAGCGAAGAAGAGCUUGUUCCAGUUGCUAAUCUUGGCAUGGUGAAGGUUAUAACGCAAAGAAAAAAGAGAGAAAUAGCGCGGCCAGCUGUGCCCAUUCUCAACAUAAUCCUAAGUUGCGUAGCUCUAGAAAUGUUGCUAUUACGGGGAGAAGAACAAAGCGGAAUGGAUUUGGUGUUUGAAAUAGAAAAGGUCGAGCUGGCAUCGGCUACAAUCAACGAAAAUCGAGAGGACUCGAAGUGCAAAAAUGGACAGGUGCUACUUACAUGGGGAUCAAAUGAUUCGGCUCGCUUUUCCGACUGCGCCUCGCACCCAUAUUUCAUCAGCUCAUUUUUUGGUGAAGAAACAACACGGCUAAACCAGCGCAAAGCACGGAGUAUUGAAAUCGUUAAAGUGGGUCUGGAUACUGGUAAUCACGUUUGGAAAACCCUGGAAGUCAGCAGAAACUUGGCAGAAAAUCUGGACUCUCCUUGUGAAUGCUUUACAACAUGGAAUGGUGAAAGCAUUCGCUGUAUUCCAAUCGUCACAGUGUCUGGAGUUUGCCAAGAGGCAAUUAGUUUCAUUGGAAUAAAGGAGCGAAUUCUCGACGGGGGCAUUUUAUCGAAUGCCGUGUCCACCGCUUGGGCUUCUAAUGACUUUCCUAUCUUGAUUUCUAAAGAAAUGACCCGUGCCUUAUUUUUAGCCGCGGAGGAAUACCGCGCUCACCGCAAUCCGGAUGUUGGAGCCCUGGAUAAUUUAACGCAGCUUCUUCUUCCCCAAUUGAUCGCGCUGUUUUCUCGUUACACGCUGCACUCAUGUUCAGCAUCUUCACUUUAUUCAUCUUCUCCCUCCUCCACUAAUAUUCAGCAACGAAGUGUUCACUCGGCGCUGCGCUUGCGCUUGGCAUCUACGUCACAUUUCACUGACCGCGAUAAAUUGUUAUCUGACGUUCAUCCAGAGGAGGAGAGAGCCCGUAAGGUGUUGGACAUAUCAAUGAGCGAUGUUCAUGUUGUCUUGGAACCUUCAAAGUGUUUGGAGAUAACGAAAGUGUUAUCAGUAUUUUCGUGCAGGAAUAAGCAUGACGAGGGCGAGACGGGAAUGGGAGGCGCUGCAUCUUUAACAUCAGCACCAACCUUUGUGGCACCCAGUAUGUCGACUAUAAAUAAGAGCGACGUCACACUAGUUACAAUUGGAAAUGUUCAUAUUCGUGUGCCUGAUCAACCAGCAGAACCAGGAAAAAAUGGAUUAGAAUCAAGAUCUCGUGGUGAUUUGAAUGUGAUUGCGCGCGACUUCGCGUGGUUCGAAGCCUACCAUCCAGGUAGCAGUAAGAAAAAUCUUCAACUUAGCACUUUAUCCGCUUAUGUGAAAAGAUCGCAGAAUACAACCACGCCAAUAGUGCUGGCAGAAGCGGUCGGGAUUGACUAUCUGGUCACGACAAACUCUGCCGACCAUGGAGGAGACAAAGAUGGUUUCUUCACGAGUUUGAACAAACUAAGAGUGAAUGUAACUUUGUCUGCCGCUCAAGAUGUUGCGUCAGUGAUAAACGAGUUAUCAAGUCCUCUCGGGUAUCCAAUCAUAUGGACACCAUUAAAGUUGUCCUCAAAAACGUUGCAAACUACAUUUCAGAUUGAAACGUGCGGGGCAGCAUUUUCCAGGAUGGUUUCUAAUCAACCCAGGCUGUUAAUGGCUCAGCGUCAAUCACUAAGUGCUGAAAUUGCAUCAGUCAGUGUCAGUUUAACAAAGACAGAAAUCAAGAACAAAGCUUGUCGCUUCAUACUGCAAGGCGGCGUUGCUCCGAUGAUGAUUCGAGGAUCGGAGCUCAAUACUUCUUUGUUCGAAUUUGAAAUUUUCCAAGAAAAAUCGUCGGGUGUACUGCAUGUACCACCUCUUGCCUCGCUUAGUCUAUUUUCUUUGAAUCCCGGAUCACUCGCAACAACAUGUACGCAUUGUCAUAUUGCCAUCAAUGCGCAGCUUGCCCGAUUGUUCGUGAACGUGGAAGGUGUAGUGCAGCUUAUUGGUGCUGUGCUAGGUCUCGCGCAAGGUGUUAUGGCAAAUGUGCCGCUUAAAAAAGAGUCAAGCCCUCAAUAUGAUAAUCCAGAGCAAGAUGUGAAGGAAGAGAAUUCUAUGAAAAAUGCUCCAACUGGCUGGACCUUGAAAAUUGAUCUGAAAGCUGCCGGUGCGGAUGUACGUGUAAACGAGGCACUCCAAUUAAUCGUGCCAUUACUAUCGGUAUCAUCAGUGGAGAUGGACACAGGACUUCCGACUCAGGUAACGCCUGGCGGCGUGGUCAAGAUCGCAUGCACGAUGAAAAGCGCUACAUUGGGCGUUUCAAAAGGUGGUGUUCUCAAGGGGCUGGCAAAUCCGAGUGUAUUAAACAUUCAAGACGUUCGCAUUAUAGUGGAUUUUUCACAUAGUUUUGCCAAUUGCCGUCACGCGUAUGCUGUUGAUAUUACGCUUAACGUAGCAACUAUUCAGGCGUCACUGUCUCGACUAAAGCUUCUGUAUCUUUUGAAGCUUCCUUUUGUUAAGGUAGAAGCCCAGCCAAGAAGUUUACCGGUUACUCAAGUUUUACAGCCACAAAAAGGAGACGAUUCCAAGAUUGGCAGCGGAGCCGCUACGUGCAGUCAAUGGCAUUGGAAAGUAGGUGCCCAGGCUGACCAUAUUGGCGUUUCCUGCACGGCUGAUAUCGGCUACCAAUCAACGGACCGAAAUCAACACAUUCGGGUGAUUGUAGACGGCAAGGUAUCAAACAUUGCUGUAGCUGCACGUAUCAGCAAUUAUCAUCCCAUUAAAAACUACAUUCAACCAGCAGCAGGAUGCGGUAACUUUACGGAUAUUCAGGCAUCUGUGGGCGAUGUCCAAGUUGUGGAGAGACUUCAAAGUGCUAGGCGAGCAAUUCGCACUGCUUUUGGUGUGUUUUCAGGUUUACCGGAGCAAGCGUUUCUAGGCAUUUUAGUAUGCCUAGAUUUGUCUGCUUUAAGACGCUUAUCUGAGACCUUCAGUGUUUCAGGUGCGAGUACAAACACACCAGACGAGCAGCUAGUACAUUCUACAAUGCUAUCGUGGCAGUUAACAAGUAACAUCGCCAAGGUGUUCCAGGAAGCAAGUGUCGAACGGGAACUAAGUGAGGCUAACCGAAAGUAUUCCACCGCUGAGAUUCCUCUGGUUAUAGCCUGGAGCGAUCCUGCACUGUCCAAGUCUACUCAACCCUUCCCAUUGCUGUCGGGAUUUUAUCGCAACUAUAGUGAGGCUGGUCUCCCUCACCAUAUCGUUGCAGGCUCUGUAGAGAGCGCGGACGUUGCCGUAACAACAUCAAGUAUGUACUGUCUCGCUUCAGUACUGGACGUGUACGAUAGGAUGCCGAAUUCGUUUGAAGCAAGCAGCAGAGCUACAGCCGGCACGGUAAACGAUUUCAAGGCGAGAGCUCAAAGGCCACAUGGUGCGGUCUCUCAAGACUCUUUGGUAGAUAUUGAGGUGUCUCUUUUGUGUGGCCAAAUUCGCCUGAUUAUUCCUAGCGAAAGUAUUAUGGAUGCUAUCAUCUUGGCACGGCCAGUGUCAGGAAAUGUUCUCGUUGUAUUGGAAUCGUUGUCAGUCGCAUCUGCCGUGCGAAGUGGUAUUUCACUGGAUGGAUUGGGAUAUCCUCCAUUCAAUUCUAGAGUCCUACCGAGGCGACCUACGGUUCAAGCUCAACGAUUUGGUCAGCCGCAGAUGCGGAUUGGCUGCAGAGCCGGCAAGAUGUUUGGACUCGUUGCCGAAUUACAAUUUAACGAAGCCGUAUCGACUGCCAACAGCAUUCUUGAGGAAAAAGGUCCAUUUGAAGACCACAUCGGUCGUGUAUCGGGACAUUCAGCACAUUUCUCAAAGGUGGAGACAUUCUGGUCGCCUCUUAACGUAACAUGCAGUCUCGAAGAGAAGCCCAUUGCUGCGAACGAAGUUGACGAAACAAGAAUGAAAAUCUCUGCUAUUGUUGCUGUGACCAAGUUGAGACUCGACCUGCGUAAAGCAACGUUUGACGUAUUGGUUACUCGGGUCUUGGGGUUAAAUCGAGGAAUCAGUGUUUUGAGCCGGUCUAUUGUGCCAUCGUCACGGCUGAGGCUGAAGCCAGACAAGUCAUUAAAGUCGAAAAAGCCGUUUCUUGUGCUCGAGCGUACGUACCAGCGAGAAGUAUCUUUUUCCUGCGAUGGGAUUGAGGUAAAUGCGUUCGAACCGAAUACGUCCACUCAUGUUCGCGUUGGAGCCAUCACCAUACGACACAAUAUUACGACGCGUGCUGGCAGUGCUUCUAUUCAGAAUAUAGUGGUGGGUCAUCAAACAAACGAAGGUGCACAAAAUUUGGGAUGCAAUCAAAUCGCUGCAGAAGAUGUGGUCUUUGGGGCGAAUGCGGAGCCAAGCUUGUGGCAAUUAGCUGUGGAGAACUAUCCUGAGAAGCUAAUUGCUGCAAGAUGGGAUUUUGGUGAUCACUCAGAUGGAACACUUUUUCUUGACGUGCAAUCUUAUCAACUUCACGUAUCUUAUCACUUUAUUCUAGGGUUGUCUCGCUUCGCUCACAUAAAGCCGAAUCUUUUAUUUUCGAAUUCCGUUCGUGGAGUGAAAGUUGAUGAGCAAAUUAUGUUACGUACGGAGCGCAAACCGUUCGUUAUCCAUCAUAGAUGGAAUAUAAAGGUGCUUGUAGCUCCAGGAGUGAUGUCGUACUGGAGAGAAAAUCCUAUAAAGAGAGCAAGGUCAGGCGUUUGGAUGACAUCUGGCCAAUUAUUUGUGAGCAUGGGAAGUGGCAGUGAUGACAAAGCCCAGCAGUCGCUGCAUACUUAUGGACAAACUGUCAACGAAAUUACUCGCUUUGUCGAUGUGCCCACGCUAGAGAUGAUGAUGAAUAUUGAGAAGCUUGGUAUCAACACCUUCGAUGACCUGCCUCUCCUGCAGGUGUACUAUCAAAGCGCACCAGUUGGCCCAAGUCCUACACAAACUUCCAGUACCUGGCUGCAGUUUUCAAAAUACAUUAAUGCUGUGUCCGAGGCUCAGCGCCUGCUGCAUGACUGCAGCGUUCAAAUUACUGGAGUACAGAAUCAAAUACUUGAACGAGUACUUGUAGCGGAUACGGAGAUCUGUUUACUGUACACUGACAUGACACGUCUUAGUAUUCAGGCCGAAGUAAAUACUCUUUGCGUGAAGGUUUCAUCUCUAUCGUUAGGAGUAAUACAGUCACUGUUGACGGUGUGUGCUGUCAGCGACGAAGAUUGUGAUAUCUCAUUUCAUAGAUCAUUUGGUGGUACUGGUGAGAAUUUUGCAAGUGAGACUCUUGUGCAAAGAAGUCAUGCACCCGAAAAAUUAGAGGGAUAUUCAACCGAUGAUUUCAGAAUGUUGAGGAGGAGAGCAGAAGGCCGACGACCAUUACCAGGAGAACUGAUGUUUACAAAGCCUCUUUUGAUUGAAACUCAGAGCGUCAUUUCGACUGAAUCUUCCCCGAUUGCAGGCGUAAAUGUCCAGAUUCAGAUUGAUCCUAACAAAUAUGACAUUAAGUUAGCUGACGUGACAGCUUAUCUCAAAGACUGCAAUGAGCCAUGGACCAUCGAAGGACCCGAACCUAGUGGGGCACAGUCUUUCUACACUGGAAUGGGUAAUAAGACGUACAGCUGGAUGGGAAUGCGCUGGUGCUACCAUAUACCCCGCAAAAUCUGUAAGAUUGAGGCUAACCCUGUGCCCAUUCCUCCUGCUGGAGUUCCGAAUGGUUGGCCUUCGUGGAGCUGGGGCCAGGAUCAAGACGAUCAUUUGGGCCGACUUUGUGAUAUUUUUUGUCAGUUGAGGUACUGGGAUAGUAAACGAAAAUGUUAUGCUGUCGUCUGUGAAUUUUAUGUUCCGUGGGAACUUGCAUCGACCGAUGUAAGUUCUGGUGGGUCAGAAGAUGCCAUCGAACCAGGAAGUUUUGGUGAGUUGAUGAGCCAAUGGUUUGACGAUGACAUAGAGGAAUCACGGUAUCGAUCCAGAUUGCUUGAGUUUGGUGCCCGAAGAAGGGAGUUCGUUUUUGAUAGCGAUGUUUCUUCAGAUAAUUGGGAGCUAAGAUGGAGAACCCCGCUACAGAGUGAACAGGAGUCUGAGAAUAAGCAGAGACGCCUCGUGGUGAACGCCUUGCUUGCUUCAUCCUUGCAAAUAAACUCCAUUUUGACAUGUGACGCCUACCAGCGCGUGGUUUCAAGCAUCACGCUUCCACAAAUUAUGCUGUCUGUUAGUCAUGUGGACUCUCGGAAUGACUCCCACGAUAUCAUUACUGCUGAGCUCAACGAUACAGUAAUAUCUUGUAUGACUUCUGGUAGUUGUCACACGAGGAGACUGACUGUGCGCGUAUCUUCAUCGGUGCAAGCAUACGUUGACAACAUGGCUCAGCUUCUUACUGUGUCUGUUAUCCCGCGAACCUCAGUUGACAUGAUGGUUGACAUCUCUCCGGAGGGCCUUGAGCUUUCAACACUAAUUGGUCCGGUCUCCGUCAGUCUGAACCAUACGACGAUGCUGAUGAUAUCUGCGAUCCCGAAGCUUCUCCAGGUGGACCGAAAACCUUCUUACCGGAUUCCAGCACAAUCAGACGACAAGCUGUCUAAUAUGCGUAUAAGGAUCGUCAACAGCGUAGGUAUGGACAUCUGGUAUCGACAGGAAGGAACCUCAGAGUGCUUGCUUCUAGCUGCAGACGCGAGUGCGGCAUAUAGCUGGCUCUCGCUGGCGAGCAGCCCGUUUUAUCAGCUUCGCUUUGCUGUGAACGAUCCAGGACAGAAGCUAACUGAAUUACAAAUCAGCGAAAAUGAGCAAACUGGGCCAGCGUAUGAGGACUCACGCUGGUGCGAUCCGUGCAGGAUUAAAGAAAACGCAGUUACUGGUCGAUACUUUGGCGGCCACGGCUUCUUGUGGAUUUGUGUGGAACUGAGCGGUUUACAGACAGUAGUCACACUUCGGUCGUCGCUGACUAUCCGAAAUUACUGCGACUUUCCUGUUCUGAUUAGAGUUAAUGAGGAGGCUUCAGUAUUUGAGUGCAGAAGAUCCGACAAGCUCUUCCCAGAUACUUAUAUACUUCAGCGAGUCCACUCUAAUUGUGUUUCAGUGGACGGCUCGGCGUGCACUCUGGCUGCAUCAGCAAAAGUCGAUGGCAGCAUAUCCCGCGUUAUGCUUGAGUCCGUAAAAAAUGUUGAAUUUGGUGUCGAUGGUGAUUCGUGGUACAGUGUGUCAAUACAAGGAGACGUCCCUAGUGAGUUCGACCUUGUGAAAAUUAGUGAUGACCAAGGGGAAAGCUUGGAGAGAACGCAAUGCAGCUUUGCAGCUCUCUCCUCCGAAAAAUCAGAUAAGCCUACUCAGUAUGUCUGGGUCACGAUCGCUCGUGCGCAAUGCAGGACCGUGCUGCCUACGGACUUUGACCCACUGCAACCCCACGUGUCGCGGCGGUACACAUGGAUGGAGGUUUCAUUGUGGCCUGCUAUCAAUGUCAAGAAUACUAUGGAUAUUCCGGUAGCACUCUACUUAUCACAAAAGACCACGACCGUCAAGUUGGAAAUCGCCCCUUCAAGUGAAAAUUGUUUGUCUGCACUUAACCCAUGUGAGCCGGUAGAUGUGCAACUGCUGUACGAACAAAGCUCUACCAGUACGCAAGUUGCUGAAAAGCCACUGGCGUUUUCGUUGGAAGGCAUCGCCUACAAAGAUUCAAAGGAGCAGGUUUUUGUCUGCGAGGGCUGCAAAGUGAUCGUUAACUUCUGUAACGAUCGUCACCCGAUGGUCCGAAUCAGGACAGAGCGUAUUCUUACCGUUGCCAAUAUGACGCCGAGCGUUUUGACCGUUAGUGUUGGCAAUCCUCUCGGAACUCAACGAUCUUUGGAGAAGAUUGACUCAUGUGUGGAGCGGUCCGUUGAUUUCUUAACGAUCAGCAACUUUUUGGUGGUAUCGAUCGCAACUGUUACAGACUCAAAUGCUGAAUCUGGCCAGAUAGGAUGGUCUCCAGAAGUCUUACUUAAUGUGAAAGGUGAUACAAAACCGAUUGUUGUGCCGUCUGCAGGGGCAAGGCUGACGAGUUUGGCCAGCGCGUAUUGCAUGGAGAUGGUGAAUUUAAAUGGGUAUCUGAAGCUUGUUAUCCGUCCGCAAGUCGUGGUGAUCAACUCAACGAAUUGUGCGCUGAUGUGUGUGCCUACAGACAGUCGAGGUAACACACUUAUAGAGCAAUAUGAACCAUCGGUAAUCUCGGGUAAUAAUGGUGGAUGGUGUGUACCUGUGUGUCUACACAAAGAGAAAAAGAAGAGAAGCAUUACUGCUGAUAUGUCGUCGUGGUUGAGUUUCAAGCUAUUAAGGCACUCCAGCGAGGACGUGUCAAAUGCUCCGAAGCUGGAUCUAGUGGCAAGACUAUCCUGCUCCUUUCGUUUGAAGUUAGUGGAAGAUGGAUAUGAGUGGACAGAGGAAAUAUCGGUACUGCUUCCAAACAUCCCUCUUGUACUUAAUCCAGGUGGCAACCUGAAAGUGGAUGAGGCGUCAUCAGCGUCAACACCGCCAACAAACACAGAUGAUUUGUAUCCGACUUCCUCGACAACAACCCACCGAAGGCGUUUGCUGAUCCGCCACCGUGACUUCAAGCAUAAAAUGCUAACCUACACAAUGACGCGAAAAGGAAAAUCUAUUCACAUUCUUUUUUUUGUGGAUCACCAGCCACCCGUGGUGAUCCAUAACCAGUGGCAAAGAGUAUUGGGUUUCCGAAAUGUGUCAGGUUCAUCGGAUCCAGAAGGCAUUGGUGCUAACUUCUGCCUAGACUACGAUUGGGGUCUACAGGUGUCGACAAAGCAAUUUAGAUCGAAACAGAGGAUCUGUGAAGGCAACAAUAGGGAUGCUGAUUCAGAUUACGACUUGAUGGCUGACUGGCUAAAAGCCUCACAGUCGGUUGAGAGUGGUGACAUGUCUGACACAACAAACAACGACCGUACACGUUUUCAAAUUGGAUCGCCGCAAUACGGGUGGUCUAACGAGCUUUGGCAAGUCAAAGGAAUUCAGUUCGCGUCGUUCACUAGCGAGAAGGAGGACGCGAUGAGUACACCAGCUCCCACCUUCUUGGUUAUGUGCUCUUACAGAGCAGGAUCAUGGCUGGUAACUAUAACCUGCCUUGAGGACCCUACACACUACGGUCAUACGAGUCAGGUAUCACCGUCGGUCUUAGCCUCAAUGUUGUCUCCAACAACAACGCAGCAAAUUACGCCGACAUUCUUGAGAGUUGGCUUGAUCGUGGAGGAGCUAUCUCUCCAUUUCUGCGACGAACACGACCCCGUACGGGAUGAUAGUGGGAUGAUCGUAUACCCUGAGAUACUGCGAGCGACCUGCAACGCAGUGUCAAUCGUGUUUACAACGGCUCCAGAUCCACCUGAAGCUUCCCGCCACAGUACACGCCUGGGUUAUAUGUCACAUGUUCGAUCGUACACAACGUUCUUCAUUUCGAUUGAGAAUGUUAAAGUGAGGCAUUUUUUAAGAACCUGCAACUUCCCACUGAUACUUUGCUUCCCCAAGGCUUGUGGAUCGAAUGAAUUGCGGCAGAUCGAUUGCGUUAAGAAGCAUGAGAGACUAAGAAGCCUGAUGGGCAAACUGCUUGACAACCAAUUACCUGGAACAGAAAAAACGAGCUUGAUUUCUAGGGUCAUUUACGCAGAUACGUGGGACCCGUUCAAAAUUCCGUCGUACUUUCACAGCAUUGAGCUGAAGCUAUUACCGGCUGUCCUUCAGGUGGAAGAUGACAUGUUGAUACAUGUAAACGCUUUCAUUCGACCAAUGCUUGAUUCCUUAGAGGGUGAAGCUGCUUCCGACCUGAUGGACAAUAGUGCCAAUUUGUGUUUGACACCUUGUCGUGAGGACACCUGGAGCUUGUAUGCGUACGAAUCGGCAGCGAAAUCGAAACAGCGCAAAGUGUAUAUCGAGCGCUUUGAAAUCAGCAGCCUAGACGUCACUGUCACAGCACGCGUGGCAAUCCCUGUAUUUAACAGUUUUGAUGGUACACCGCUGCACUUCGGAUCGACUAAGAUGCGAGACGUGUUCUCUUUCCCCGAUCAGCUGUACAAGGAUUUGGCAGCAGACUACGUUGCCGACACAAUUGUCCGCUCUCCAAUGCUUUUUAUGUCGUUGAACAUUUUUGGCAAUCCAGCAGGGUUUCUACGGAGUUUUGGUCAAGGAGUUCGAGAUCUCGUUGAAAUUCCCUUAGCUGCGUCUAGAAAUGGUUACAGUCCGUGGGUGCUCACAAAAGGCGUCGUGGGCGGUGUUGCCUCCUUUUUGGGCCAUACCACGGCAGCAACGCUCACAUCCGUGUCCGGGUUUUCAUAUUCCAUUUCGCGGACAGUGGAUCAACUCACAUUGCCAUCUGAUGAGCUUCGGAAGCGCCAUUACACUCGACCAACUCAUUUGUCAUCAGCGCUUGCGGAUGGUUUGGGGUCGCUGGGAUCAAGUGUCGUUGGGGCUGCAGCCGGAGUGAUUACUACUCCGAUCGCAGUUUACAAGGAGCGCAAGAGACAAGGCCUUGACACCGGAAUUCGAAACGUUGUGGGCGGUGUUGGCAUGGGAUUGGUAGGUAUUGUUGCCCGACCUAUGGGUGGCGUAGCAUCACUUGUGUCUAUGGCUUCAGAUGGGCUGCUAUACGGAAUGAAUGGCGAUCGCACGCCAUUUGCCGACUAUGUCUCGCCUUCUAUUGCGCGACCUAAUGAACUGCUGCGUUACAAAGUGAAAGUGCUACCAGACGCGGUUGGAAGUAGUUUAAUUUUUGCUCAUGGUAUUUGGGUACUUUCGGACGAGAACAAGCUGAUCAUCUCCGGACAAAAUCUCGAGUAUCUAUCAAAGGAGCAGUUGGAAGCCUCCGGGUAUGAACCGUUCCGCAGCAUUUUGCUUUCCGGCGAUACAACACGUCGUCUGGUCCAAGUGACUGUUGUGUGUUCGAAUGACUGUGUGUAUGUCGUGGGAAUGAGCGGUACACAAAAUCAAGCCGUGUUGGCUCGAACACGAUUGGAAUCUAUUGAGGCGGUCGAGGAAAGUCUUAAAGAGCCAACCAUUUUUGAUCUGGGUGUUAAGACACCGGCGGGCGUGGAGUGGUUGCGCUUUCGUCUUCCACCGCAACAACGACGGCGCUUGAGCCACCAGCUGCGGCUUCGGCUGGCUGAAGACUCAAUUUUGUAG